AUGGUAAAAUCGGUUGACUUAAACAUCUCUUCAUAUGACACAUCGAAUGAAUAUAGCGGCUUGUUCAUUGGAAAUAUAUUUAGUGAAAUUCAAGAUGAAAUAAAAAACGAGAAUGAUACUCAAGAGUUUAAAAACCGAAAUAUUUCUGCAGAAUUUAGCAAUGGAAAAAUAUAUAAUAGUAAAGCCACAAAGGCGGCAAAAUUCUUUGCUCCUGAUAGGAAAAUAAAUAUAGAAGAAUAUGUAAGUUUUGUAAACGAUAAAAAGAAUGAAUACAAAAAAAAAAAGAAGGAAUAUGUCAUUGAAUACAUUAAUAAAAAAAAAAUAAAAAAAUUUCAUUAUCAAGACAUGGAAUUUUUAUUUAAAAGGUAUUAUCAAUUUUUAGAUUUUCAAGAAAAGUGUGUAUUAUGCAACAGUUAUUUGUCUUUCCCACAUUUAUAUCUUAAGAAACAUUUGAAAAAAAGGUAUAAAGGGGAUGAAGAAACAGAAGAACAAAUGAGUGACAAAGAAGUUACUUAUAAAUACCAACAUAAGAGUAAUAAUACUACUAACUGUUUUUAUUCACCUUUUUGUGAAUGCUUAGAAAAAAUUGAACACUCAAAGCAAUACCUAAGUGAUAAAAAGAAUGGAUGUUACAUAGACAUGAUUCAUUUUUUAAAACAAAAUGCGUCAUCCUUUUCUUCGAAUGUAAAAAAAAAUAUUAUUAUAAAGGAAUUUACCAAAAAUGUAAAAUUUACAGAAUUUUAUAAGUACAAUUCUGUAAAUGAAAAUUAUUUGAGUAGUUUUCAUGUUAAAAGCAUUGAUAAUGCUGAUACAAAAUAUAUAAACAUAUGUAGAUAUCUUGAAAAGCCUCAGCUAACUGCUGAACAUGUAAAGUCUUUAAAUAGUCAUGCCCAUGCUUUUACCCCCCUUUUUAAAAUUCACAAACCCAGUACCCUUUUAACAACAGUUGAAAAAAAGCUUUUAAUUGAAUGCCUAAAAGUGAUUAAGAAGAUAUUUGUUUAUGACAAAAUAGACAAGUUGACAGUUAUAAUUUUUUGUUAUCUAAGCAAUUUAUACAACCUUGUUAUGCGCCUACAUGCAGAAUGCAUUUUGAGUUGCUACUCAAAAAAACAUUUCGAAUUUUUCUUAUACUAUCUCUUUCAAAAGAACACGGUUUACACUAGACAAAUGAAAAUACUAGUUAUGAAAAUCUAUAAAAUCGGGAAUGAACAUGAUGACUCAAAUGAGGAUCACCACGAUUUCUAG